UGAGCGUGUCCCAGUUUUCUGAUCACUGCUCAGCCAUAGGGUUUGGACUGAGGCUAAGGCUGGACUGCCUCUUCCAGGAUGGAGAGCCCGGUUUUCAGAUGCUCUCCCCUCUCCUCUGGCCUCCCUGUCCUCAACUACAGAUCGCUGGUUCUCUGAUUGAAAACUGGGGAAGGCAUUGGCCUAUAUAACCUACAGAUGUGACCUUCUAGGCACACUUGAUUUGUCUAGCAGGGUAGACGUUUUUGGAGCCGGUGAGGAGCAGCACGAGAGUGUCCGAGGGCACUCUUUGGCUGUUUCGACCCCCAAGACGGGGGUAAGGGGAGGCUGGCCGGAACGUGCCCUGCCGCAAGCCGGGCAAGGAUGAGGCGUUUCCUGAGCCGAAAGGGCCGCUUCUCCCUGCGCCAGAGCAAGUCCGGGACCAGGAGUGCCUCCAAAGAUUUCUACCUCGGUCUCCCAGCCACCAAUCAGAACUGGCCAGAGGCGUUUGGUUUCCGGCUGGGUGGCACUGGGCCCAGCUACAUCUUAUCUGUGGUGGAGGGCAGCAGUGCCUUCCUGGCUGGCUUGCAGCCAGGGGACCAAGUGGUGGACAUUGAAGGCCAGGAUGUGACCAACCUCAGCACACCGGCGCUAGUCGCUUUGGCUCAGACCCUCAAGACCGUCCCACCCAGCAUCGGAGUGGUGUCACGGAUUGAACAGAUCGACAUCACCCCAGGCCCUGAUGGACGUUUUGGAUUCAUCAUCGUUGGAGACAGCCCUCUGAUGGUGGAGGACUGUGUGCCCCAUGGUCCGGCGGGUCGCAGCGGCCUGAAGGUGGGGGACUACGUCAUGGAGGUCAACGGCAUCCCAGUGAAGCAUCACGAAACGGCAGCGGCCAUGAUCAAGGCGGCUCAGGGUCGACCCCUGCGUCUGGGCGUGCUCAGCAUGGCGCGGCGACCAAAGCGGCUCAGCAGCAGCAUGAGGGUGCUGUCACAGAGCGGGGACAGCGUCAGGGACAGCCGUGCCCACAAGGCCAUGGAGUUCAACAAGAAGGUGGAGGAAGUGCUUGGGGAGGAGACAGAUGUGAAGGAACAUCUAUUUGAGGUGCUGAAGCAGUACGCUGCAGAGAGGGAUGUGGACAGUCUUGCCGAGGCCCUGCCUGACAUCCUGAUCACAGAGGAGCAUCAGCAGCUUAUUGACAGCGUCAGGAUCUUUAUUCCCAAGAAGCACCGUGAGCGUUUUGACGAGGUGGUCUCCCAGAGCCUGAUGAGCCGACUCAAGGGGCGGAGCUUCAGUGACCCCAGCCGCAACCGCCUUCGCCGCAGCCGGAGCGAGGACCACCCCGAGCGCCUUCUGGUUUCAACCCGCGCAAGCUCAGUGCCGCGCACCCACGCAGAAGAAGGCGUGUUCCCACCUACCAGAGGCAUGCGGAAGACCACCUCACUCAUAGCAGGCCACUCCAGUGGCACCACUACCAACUGCAGGACAGUGAGAGUGUGCAAGGGCAACAUGAGUUUUGGCUUCACCCUCAGAGGUCAUGCUCCAGUGUGGAUUGAUUCUGUCAUCCCUGGAAGCCCAGCAGACAAGGCAGGUCUAAAACCAGGAGACCGCAUCCUGUUUCUCAAUGGACUGGACAUGAGGACCUCCUCCCACGAGAAGGUGGUGUCCAUGCUGCAGGGCAGCGGCGCCAUGCCCACUCUCGUAGUCGAGGACGGACCACCUACUUUUGCUCUGGCGGAGCAGGACCUGGCGGGGGGCAGUGUUCCCACUGAGCGCUCCCGCUCCCCCGUGCUCAGCUCACUGCAGUGGGUGGCCGAGAUUCUGCCUCCCAGUAUCCGGGUUCAGGGCCGCACCUUCGGUCAGCAGCUGGAGCACCUGCUGACCAUCCAGGAGAGGUACACCAUCUGCAAGGCUUUGGAGAACUUCUUCCAGCACAGGAAUGUUGACACUCUGAUCGUGGAUGUGUUCCCGGUGCUGGAUACUCCAGCCAAACAGGUGAUCUGGCAGUUUGUUUACCAGCUGCUGACGUACGAGGAGCAGGAACACUGCCAGAGCAAGAUCUCACGCUUUCUCGGCUACAAAGCCCCAGUUCCACCACCACCACCACCACCUCCCCCUCCCCCGGAGCCUGAAGUUGCCCCUGAGCCCCAUCGCCGUAGCAGCUCCAUGAGGGUAACGGGAACCACGUACAGGAGCAGUGUGAGGGGACGUAGUUCUGAUGACCUGGUCAUUGGCACACACUUGGGCAUGGGCCUCCGUGCAGAGCCAGUGCUGGAGACAGGGAUGAGGUUGGCUCCAGGAGAGAGACAGUCAGGAGAUGGCACCUCACUUCCCGAGACUCCUAACAAUCUCACCAAUCUGUCAGCAGUGUACGCUGAACUGGAGAACAUGUAUUCGACCAAGAGGUCCAAGUCUCUGAAGAGCCGCCCUCCUCCGGCCCCUGAGAGUUUUCUGGAUCUGGAAACUGCUUCACGCUCAGCUUCCCCUACAAUACACAACACAGGUAGCCGUAAAGGUCCCUCAACCCCUGCAGCCUGGCAGGAGCCUCUCCCCAGCCCCCCUCUAGCCCAAUUCUACUCAUCAGGGCUGCCAAGUCAGACCAGUGCGGAGUCUAAUCCCUACAUCAGCUUGGACAGUCCCCCACCCUCGCCUCCAGAGCCUGCUGACUACCCAUCUAGUCCUCCUCCCCAACGCACCAGCAAUCGACGUUACACCUUUUCCAAACCACCCCGAUCAGAAGACACAGAUCGCUUCCUGGAUGCACUGAGCGAGCAGCUGGGACAGCGGGUGGCCAUCAUUGACGACUUUCUGACUCCUGAGAAUGACUACGAGGAGGAUGUUGUGCAGAUGGGUUUCCCAGAUGAGGAGGAUGAGGAUAAUGAAGAGGAGCUGGGAGUGGAUGAAGAAGAAAGUGGAGGAUUUGUAGCCCCGGAGCUGAGCAGCCCGAGUGAUGUUCACAGCAGCAGUGGAGAGGAGAAUGCCUCCUCUCUCACCUACUCCUCUUCCUCUGACCACAUUCCUCCUCCCCCCAUGACCCCUCCACCACCUCCACCGGUUCAGUUCAAUGACCCGGCGCCUCCCCCUCCAGCUCCUGCACAAGCUCAGCCUCAGCAACAUCAGCAGCAACAACAGCAACAACAGCAACAACAGCAACAGCAGCAACAGCAGCAACAACAGCAACAGCAGCAACAACAGCUUAACUACACGCCUGAACACUCCCCAAGAGCAUAUGUGCCAAUUCGCCGGAAAUCUGGACCACCUCCACCACCUCCACCCCGCAGUAAUCCACCACCUAAACGUCUCUCUCUCCAUAAAGCACUACCUUCAAGAGAGGACUUACAGGUUCAUGCUACCAUCCAAGAGCUAAAAGUCUACCAAGAACAACAAGCCUACCAGGAAAGACAAGCCUAUGAGGAACAGAAAGUGUACAAGGAGAGGCAGGCGUAUGAAGAGCAGAAAGCCUAUGAAGAACAACAACUGUUUCAAGAGCAACAGGCCUACCAGGAGAAACUUUUCAAAGAGAGACAAGCUUAUGAAGAGCAGAAAGCAUACGAGGAGCAAAAAGCUUUUGAAGAGCAACAAAUGUACCAGGAGCAACAAGCCUACCAAGAAAGACAAGCGUACGAACAGCGUCAAGCCUACCAGGAACAAAAAGUAUAUGAACAGCGUCAAGCCUAUAAGGAGCAAAAAGCAUUUGAAGAGCUCCAAGCCUACCAGGAGCAAAAAGCCUACGAGGAGCGCAAAGCUUAUGAGGAGCAAAAAGCCUUCGAGGAGCAACAAGCGUAUCAAGAGCAACAGAUGCAGCAGAUCUACCAGAGUCACCACUCAAUGCCUACCCAGCCAACACAGCAAAAAGCUCAAUCGCCACUUCCUCUCCAACAACUUCACCAGUCCUUACCCCCGCUCCCCUCUCCAGACUCCACCCAUCAACACGCCAACCAUCCUCUUUAUAUAAUGCGCCUAGCACAGCAGCAACAGGCCACCCAGAGUCAUCACCACCGACGUCUGUCUCGGUCAGCCCCUCCACCACAUCAGCCAUCAACCCAACCGACAGCCCAUCCCAGCCAACAAGAUCAGUAUGCUGAGGGCAUCUACCAAAGUCAGCAGGGCCUGAGACCCCAUCCCCACCAUUCUUCAGCGGAGAUGCUCCACCAGAUGCACCAAGCACCAGCCCAUCACUCCUCCGCCGAGAUGCUCAACCAGUUGCAACAAUCCCAGGCCCACCACUCAUCUGCUGAGAUGCUCCAGCAGAUGCAACAAGCCCAUGCCCACUACUCCUCUUCAGAAAUGCUCCACCAAAUACACAAAUCCAAGGCUGAGCAUUCUUCAACAGAGUUUCUGCACCAAAUGCAGCCUCACCACUCAUCAACAGAACUUCUCCAUCAAGCUCACCAGAUGCUUCGGGGUCAACCGCACCAUUCGUCCUCUGAGCUGCUCCAUCAAAUGCACAAGCCGCAGACUCACCACUCCUCCACAGAGCUGCUCCAUCAAGCCCAUCAAAUGCACCAACCUGUGCCCCAUCACUCCUCCACAGAGCUCCUGCAUCAAGCCCAGCAAGAGCCUGCCUCCCUUUCAGUUCAGCUAAAACGAGACAGCCAUUCACACCAGAGCCGCAGAAGUCUUAAGGGUCAUCAUCGAACCCAAGUGUCACCUCAAGGGAGACACCAAGAGCAGCAGAUCCAUCACCCCCAGCCCACCAAACCCUCUCCCCAGAGACCCCACUCUAUCCAGCAGACCCACCACCACUCCAGCACACCUCAGAUCCACCACAUCCACCACAUGACCCCACAGCCCCCUCCGAAGGACUUCCAACACCAGAUUCAUGUCAUCCACCCUCCACAGCAGCCCCACAGCCCCCAGCCUCUUCUUUCUACCUUUCAGCCCCUCCAGCCCCCGCAGCCCAGCCUCUCCACUUUCCAGCCUCUUCCCCAACACCACCAAUUGCAGCACCAAGUCCAGUCUUCCACCAAAACUGCCCGUCCACAUUCCCAGCCCUCACAUCACCUUCUGCAGUCCCAAAACCAGCCGCAAUCCCAGUCGUCCCACCAUAAACAGUCCCAUGGCCAGAGUCAGCCCCAGUCCCUCCCCCACUCUCUGUCUGAUCCCACAGAGCACCUACUAGAGCCCCCUCCCCCUCCACCCCCGCCCCCACCUUGCUCUCCUCCACCACUGCCACGGCCCGGUCUGUCCAGAAUGGAUUCCAACCACAUGAGUGUCAAGAGGUUGCGCUGGGAGCAAGUGGAGAAUUCAGAGGGGACUAUCUGGGGACAGUUGGGAGCAAAUUCUGAUUAUGAUAAACUGCAUGACAUGGUGAAGUAUCUGGAUCUGGAGCUGCACUUUGGGACACAGAAGAGCUCCAUGCCUGCUCCAGAGCCAUCUCUCCUGCCAGAAAGCUUCAAGAAGAAAGAUGUAAUAGAAAUUCUGUCCCAUAAGAAGGCUUACAAUGCCUCUAUUCUGAUAGCCCACCUGAAGCUGUCUCCUGCGGAGCUGCGACAAAUGCUGAUGACCAUGGUCACUGAUAGGCUGGAGCCGGCCCACAUCAAGCAGCUGCUGCUGUAUGCCCCCGACGCAGAGGAGGUCAAAAAGUACGAGGAGUACAGACAGGACCCCGGCAAACUCAGUGAGCCAGACCAGUUUGUGUUGCAGGUACAGUCCUGGCCGGGGAGUGGAUGGAUGUUAUCAGUGCCAGAGUACAAGACGCGCCUGCAGAGCCUCCUCUUCAAGUGUUCUCUACAGGAGAAGACAGAGGAGCUGAGGGGAGCGUACGACUGUAUCUGCAAGGCCUCCGUGGAGCUGAAGACCAGCAAGAAACUAGCAAAGAUACUAGAGUUUGUGCUGGCAAUGGGAAACUACUUGAAUAACAGCCAGCCUAAAACCAACAAGACUACAGGCUUCAAGAUCAACUUCCUAACAGAGUUGAGCACAACUAAAACAGUGGAUGGGAAGUCGACAUUUCUGCAUAUUCUGGUCAAGUCCUUAUGUCAACACUUUCCCGAAGUGUUGGAUUUUUCCAAAGAUCUAACUAUGGUUGCACCUGCAGCCAAAGUAAACCAGAGGACUAUCACGUCAGAUCUGAAUGACCUUCAUGCAACCAUCCGGGACAUUCGCUCAGCCUGUCAGAAGAUGCCUGCGACUGCCGAGGACCGUUUUGCUGUUGUCAUGAGUAACUUUUUGGAGAACAGUCACCCAGCAAUCCAGUCUCUGGAGUCGCUGCAACAGAGAGCAAUGGAAGAGUUCAGCAAAACGGCCUCUUACUUUGGGGAAGACGGCAAAGCCACCAACACUGAGGCCUUCUUUGGUAUCUUUGCUGAGUUCGUGAAAAAGUUUGAGAGAGCUCUGAGUGAUCAUCAGGCUGCAGAAAUCCCGAAGAGUCCUCGGAGUCCACGAAUGGCCUCCCCACUGGCCUGGUAACAUACACACACACACACAGUAUACACACAGACAUUCACAGACAUGCUGUAAACAUAUUCUGUACAUAUCUUGAACAUACACAACACUCAUUGCACAUUUUUGAGCAAAAAAUGUAUAAUGUAUGUAUGGUUUUUUUUUGGUUACAUUAAGUGAGACAGAAACUCUUUUGCAUCAUGUGUGCAUGUGUCCUUUUCAAAAUAAGAUUUUAUGCCUCAGACUUCUACAUAGUACACAACUUUUUCUGGCUGUCAAAAUAUCUGUACUGUGUAAGAGUUAGUUACUGAUUAACAUCAUAUAGUUCAUCCUAAUGUUUCCUUCUCUCAGCCUGAGAUUUGGUCACCUCUGUAAGUGCGCAAUAACGUCUCUACAGUAAAAUCUUUGUGAUGUGUGCUUGAAUAAGAUUUCAUCCUAAAAUAGAUGUUUACUUAAAAUAAAUACACUCACGGAAUCAGUUUUCCUAAUUGUUUACACGUUGUGUAUUUUUGUAAGCAGCCCACCACCCUGAAUGUGAAAUAAGUUCUUUACCGUUUAAGCGUAGAUUAUUUUCUCUAGUAAAUAAUCACUCACCUCAGAUUUCCCCAAUGAUGGAUGGUUUGAUUGACUGCAUCAUGUUUAUACAGAUUUUCUUUCUCUUUUCCUAAAUGGUGUUGCUCUUGUAUGAUACCUCUAAUGCCACCAUGAGACAAUGUAUGUGGGAUGUUUGGAGAAUUUUAACUGUUCUAAGGAUCCUUUUUAUUUAUUUGUAUUCAAGUCGGUGGUUGUUGUAGUGGGAUCUGACCUGGAGCUCAGAGUGGGCAGUGUGCAAUAUGUGAAAAUUCGGCUGAUAUUAAACUGUAACAGAGAUUUCUCUUGUUUGUACUGAACAAAAUGAGAGUGAAUGUCAUGAAGAUUUUAUGCUACAAUAUAUUAAGCACUUUUGUGUGUCGCCCAAAUAUUUAUUUCAUGGUGUUAUGCUGGACAAACUGAGCAGGAAGUUAUUCCACUGAGAGGACAGCCACGUCAUUAAGUUUAGUGUAAGACCUGUAGCAUUUUACAUGCGGCAGCAUUCAACUAGUAAAACAGACUUACCAGCUUCUCAGUUACACCAGUGCUUUGUAAAAAGUAAAGCUUCCUCUCCAGGUGAUAUUUUAAAAACUUAAGGUUAAGCUGUGCAGUUAGUAAAAGCUUUUCUCUGCUUAAAUUAGAGUCUGCAUUUUGUUUUGUGUCACAACAACGCUGACAAAUAAUAAUAAUGAUAAUAAAAGAGUCAUAUAAAAUCUAUAUCUGCCCGUGUUGUAAAGAAUCUGUUACGAAAAUGAUCUGUCAUGGUUGCUAAUAUGCCAAAUGAAAAUGUGUUUUACGGAGAAAUGAUACUGUAUGUACUAGUGUAUUAUUGGCAGUACAGAGGUAAUAACAUUAAAGUACUCUUGUUUCUACA